GCUCGAUCUGGGAGCAAACGUCGUCUUAGCCUCAUAGGUCACUCGAGCAGCGAUGGAAGCCAAAGCAAAAAUUCAGGAUGCUAUUAAAAGUCAAGGUGAAAUAGUUCGGAAAAUGAAGUCUGAGAAAGCGAACAAAGAGCAGUGUUAGGGUUGCUUACCACUUUUCUCCUGUUCUUCCUGCCUGACCUACACCAUCAUCAUCACAUGACCGUCUACGGAAUAUAUUGCUUUGGCUGCCAUUUCCACUGGAUGGCACACUGCUCACCUUGUGUUGUUGAAUGAACAUACUGGACAUGUUUGCGGUGCGCACUUGCUCUGCUAUGGUGGGCCUACCACUUUUAAACUUUGUCCAAUCUCGCCGUUCUUUUUUGGGAAUUACUGUUGCACAGAUUGAUAAAGAAGUGGCUAAACUUCUGGAGCUGAAGGCACAGUUGGGAGGAGACGAUGGAAAGAAUCAGUUCGUCCUGAAGACAGCCAAGGGAACAAGGGACUAUAACCCCAAGCAGAUGGCCAUAAGAGAAAAAGUUUUCAACAUUAUCAUCAGCUGCUUCAAACGUCAUGGAGCAGAAACCAUCGACACGCCAGUUUUUGAACUGAAGGAAACACUGACAGGGAAGUAUGGAGAAGACUCCAAGCUCAUCUACGACCUUAAAGACCAAGGAGGAGAACUGCUGUCCCUUAGAUAUGAUCUUACUGUGCCAUUUGCUCGCUACCUGGCCAUGAACAAGAUCUCCAACAUCAAACGCUACCACAUCGCUAAAGUGUACCGUCGUGAUAACCCUGCUAUGACCCGUGGACGCUAUCGAGAGUUUUACCAGUGUGAUUUUGACAUAGCAGGCCAGCAUGACAGCAUGGUUCCGGAUGCUGAGUGCUUAAGGAUCGUUCACGAAAUCCUUAGCCAGCUGGACCUUGGUGACUUUUGCAUCAAGGUCAACGACAGGCGCAUCCUUGAUGGGAUGUUUGCCGUGUGUGGCGUUCCAGAUGAUAAGUUCCGCACCAUUUGUUCCACGGUGGACAAACUGGACAAGAUGCCAUGGGAGGAUGUGAGGAAGGAGAUGGUUGAGGAAAAGGGCUUGUCAGAAGAAGCAGCAGACCAGAUUGGUGAAUAUGUCAGUAUGCAGGGUGGAAUGAAUUUAGCAGAGCGCCUUCUUCAGGAUGAGAAAAUGUCUAAGAGCAAGCAAGCUUCUGCAGGUCUUUCUGACAUAAAACUGCUCUUCAGCUACUUGCAGCUCUUUCAGGUUACAGACAAGGUGGUGUUUGACCUGAGUCUGGCUCGAGGCCUGGACUAUUACACAGGAGUUAUCUAUGAAGCAGUGCUGACUCGGUCCUCCACAGGAGAACAAAAUGGGUGCCCUGUUGAAGAGGGAGUGAGUGUGGGAAGUGUUGCUGGAGGAGGACGCUAUGAUGGCUUGGUGGGCAUGUUUGACCCCAAUGGCAAGAAAGUACCAUGUGUGGGUGUCAGCAUUGGCAUUGAGAGAAUCUUCUCCAUAAUGGAGCAAAAAGCUGAGGCUUCAGCGGCAAAGAUUCGUACAACUGAGGUGCAGGUGAUGGUGGCGUCUGCUCAGAAGAACUUGAUGGACGAAAGGCUCAAACUUGUCACUGAACUUUGGAAUGCUGGCAUCAAGGCAGAGGUGAUGUAUAAGAAGAACCCCAAAUUGCUGAGUCAGCUGCAGCACUGCGAGGAGUCGGGGAUCCCUCUGGUGGCCAUACUUGGAGAACAGGAGCUGAAGGACGGUGUGGUCAAACUGCGUGCUGUGAGCACCAGAGAGGAGGUUGAUAUUUCCAGAGUUGAUCUUGUCAAUGAGAUCAGGAGAAGAACUUCCUAGGAUAACUUUUUUGUUCACAAGUUUAACCUUCAACACAGCAGAAUAUGAAUAUAUUUCAUCUUUGCCGAUUUGAUUUUCCCCAUUUCAUAUAUUCGCUAAAAUAUUUAAGAAAGAGAAUGAAUUGGGUUCUUUCAGUUCAGGAUUAUAAAUGAAUAACUUUUAUUCGUCCACUUCCUGACAAAAAUGUACAUGUAACAAUCAUGCCUUCAAUAAAACAGCAUAAUUUUG